CAGAACCGCAUAGUUCACAAGUACACUUGGCCAUUCCAUGCUUGUGCUAGCUCAUUGAAUAGCAGUGUUUGUGACAACGAAGCGACGAAGCCCAGUUACUCAAGACAGCAGAAAUGCCUCUCACCUUGCACGCCAGCUCUUUGAGUGGAACAUCAACAAUCCAUCGUUCCAGGACUGGCGCUGGUCCGAGUAAAGCGCUAGUGGCUAAGCGGGUAGCAGGGAAGACGUCUUUCACUGGCCAGGGCCUCGGACGACUUCCAGACAAUGGAUCGAUGCGCUGGAGCAUGUCGCAAUGGCUAGAGAACAAGGCGUCUGUGGAGGUGGCCGCCCCUCUGGAGACGUGCUGGGCGCUGUGGGAUGACCGGGAGCGCAUCCCGGAGUGGAUGCCCUGGAUCAAGUCCGUCAAGGUGCUGGACAACGACCCCCGCCUGUCGCGCUGGACUCUGGCCACGCACCAGUUCGGCCGCGACUGGGAGUUCAGCUGGCUGGCGCGCAACCUGCCGCCCGUCAAGAACAGCAAGAUCCACUGGGUGUCGGAGCGCGGCUCGGCGUCGCUGGGCCUGGAGAUCCAGAACCGCGGUCAGAUCAAGUUCAUCCGCACCUCGCCAUCCAGCUGCAACAUCACGCUCAUCAUUUCGUACGAGGUGCCGGACGUGUUGGUGCCCUUCGCGAACGCUCUGACGCCGCUGGUGGAGGGCAUCAUCGGCAAGGACAUGGAGCGGUUCCGCGAGAUGGUGACGGCGGCGGCCGACAGCAAGGUCAGCAGCAACACUGCGGCGGCCUGAGCAACGGGCAGCGAGCGGCCAGGAGUGGGGCAGUGGUCAGGAAAGAGGGCAAAGGAGUGGAUGGGGAUGGUGUGGGCGCAGCUGAGGCAGGUGGCCACGGCGGGCGGCUGCGGCUGCGGCGGGCGGGCGCGCUGCCGUGAACAGCGGAGCUGCGAAGGAGAGGGAGCGGCGGCGACUUAGUAGUUGCACGCGACGGCCCUUGUGCCUUGUGCGGGAUGAGAGGCUGCAAGCGGGACCCGAACAACAGUGCGAGCAGGAGUCACAGGAACACAGUCCGCAUGCACAGGAACACAGGAACACAGUCCGCAUGCAGGUGAAAGACAGGUACUGUUGAGCUGGAGCCGCUGCGCAGGGGUGUUUCUCUGUGUGUGCUGUGUGGUAUCAAGUGGUGAGACCGAAGAAAGCAGUUUUGCGUUGGUGAUGAUUUGGCAGCUGGCAGCGCGCGCCUCUUGAGCUCCCAUUUUGCAUCUGUAUGGCUUACACCAGUUGCGGCAUGAUGCUGCAAACUGCAGGAGCAGAGCUGAAGCCACUGCAAUGACAUUCUCUGCUGCAGCAGGUGUUUGCUGCAGCUCAAACUUUGCGUUAAUUGAAGUGUGUACAUUAUGCCGUUCGGGCGGUUGUGCGGACGUGUGUGAGAAGCCAGACACACGGUUUUGGGGUGCGAGUGCUGGGGUGAGCUUGUUUAGAGACACUGCUGGUGUUGCACGCCUGCAAGAACAUAAAAGUGCGUGGAAGAAUGAGGGAGUGUAGGGCAGACAUGCGUUAUGCUAUUACAGGAAGGAGCAGAGGGCAGGCGCGAAAGACACUGUAAGGAUCCGCGCACUGUGGCGCCGCCCGCGUACUGCAGGUGACCGCCUGCCUCCCGCACACCCAGAAGCAAGGCGCGGCUCCAUGCAAGCAAGGUGCGUGGGUCUUUCUGCAAGUUAUGACCCGCAUCGUUAG